AAGUUCCGCCCCUUUUCAUCUCCUCUCCAGCAGACGGACCUCAGUCCGCGGACACGGCGACAUGCCACAGAAGAUUGAAGAAAUCAAAGACUUCCUGCUGACAGCCAGGAGGAAGGAUGCAAAGUCUGUAAAGAUCAAGAAGAACAAGGACAAUGUCAAGUUCAAAGUGCGCUGCAGCAGGUACCUGUACACGCUGGUCAUCACAGACAAGGAGAAGGCCGAGAAGCUCAAACAGUCACUGCCUCCAGGUCUGGCUGUGAAGGAGCUGAAGUAGAUGCUGAUGUACAAAUAAUUGUAAUAAAAAAUGAAAAAA